UCCCGACGUGCCCGAUCAAUUUGGCCACGUUGCGGACGCGGCUGCCCGAUCUCGGCAGCUGGAGUCUGCCCCACAUAUGCAAGGAGGCGGUCACAAACAGCGGCGGCACCACCACGCCGGAGGGCACAUCCGGUAACUACAGCAGCAACAUCACCGCCACGGCCGACGCCUUCUAUCAGCCGACGACGGUGCCGGGGUCGCUACACACCGUCGUCCCGGCGAACGGUACGGCCGUCACCGUACAGCCGACCGCCCAGCAGCACUACCACCAGACGAACCUGCACAAACACUACAAGGCGCACAAGAAGAUGCCAGCGUUCCGGGGCCGCCGGGGCUGGUGUGGCUGCCUGCAGGAUGACGAACCACCCGAAAUCUGUGUGGUGGAAGGUGUGUUCUCGCUGCAGACGCUCACACCCACCCAGCCGAUGCCGGCGAUCGACGAGCUCGACAGCAAGUUUGCCGAGCUGGUCGAGGAGCUCGACCUGACCGCACCGAACAAGGCGGCCAUGAUGAGCCUGCCGCCCCAGAAGAAGUGGCAAAUCUACUGCUCGCGCAAAAGCCCCCUCGACAGCGGGCCCAACGGCACCCCGCUACAAACCGUACCGCCGUCGCCGGAACACUACAUCGAGCGGCUCAAGGAUAUGGCGGUGCAGCUGAAAGCCUGCGCGCCGGACGAGUCGCCAACGCACGAGUACGGGCCGAAGAUCGAAUCGCAAACCGCACUGUUCGAUGCGCUCAAGACGGCACUGCGCACCUCGGCCCACAGCUUCGUGAUACGGUUUAUCGAGCUGCAGGGGCUGCCGGCCCUGCUCGAGCUGCUGCAGGCGCUCGACAUACGGGUAGCGAACAGCCCGCUGCACACCAGCCUGAUCGGGUGCAUCAAGGCGCUCAUGAACAACUCGACCGGCCGGUCCCAUGUGCUCGCCCACCCGACCGGGAUCGAUACGAUCGCCCGGUCGCUGGCGGCGGACAACAUCAAGACGAAGAUUGCCGCGCUGGAGAUACUCGGCGCCGUCUGUCUCGUGCCGGGCGGCCACAAGAAGGUGCUGAACGCGAUGCUCAACUACCAGGAGUAUGCGGCCGAGCGGGCCCGCUUCCAGGGCAUCGUGAACGAUCUCGACCGCUCGACCGGCGCGUACCGGGACGAUGUCAACCUCAAGACGGCGAUCAUGUCGUUCAUCAACGCCGUGCUGAACUACGGCCCCGGGCAGGAGAAUCUCGAGUUUCGGCUCCAUCUGCGGUACGAGUUCCUGAUGCUCGGCAUCCAGCCCGUCAUCGACAAGCUGCGCAAGCACGAGAACGACACGCUGAACCGCCAUCUGGACUUCUUCGAGAUGGUGCGCAACGAGGACGAGAAGGAGCUGGCGCGCAAGUUUGACCACGAGCACGUGGACACCAAGAGCGCGUCGGCCAUGUUCGAUCUGAUCCGGCGCAAGCUGAGCCAUUCGCCGGCCUACCCGCAUCUGCUGUCGCUGCUGCAGCAUAUGCUGCUGCUGCCGCCGCCCACGACGGGCCCGAACGCGCAGCACUGGCUGCUGUUUGAUCGGGUGGUGCAGCAGCUCGUGCUGCAGCACGAGGAACGCCCGGCCAGCGACUGUCUCGAUCCGGACGCACCGGGCGCGGACAAGCGCUCCGAGACGGGUUCGGUGGCGUCGGCCUCGCUGAAGCUGCAGGACCCGGACGUGGCACCGCUCGCGAUCGACGUGCGCAAGGUGGUGAAGUUGCUGGUGAAGGAGGAAGAGCUGGUGGCCGCCCGCACCCGGGCCGAGGAUUUGGAGCGCGAGAACGCGGAAAUAGUGGCCCGGCUGGCGAAGAAGGAGCAGGACCUGGACCACCGGACGCAGGAAAAGGAAGACCUGGAGACGGCGCUGGCGCGCAUGCGCGAGCGGCUGGAGAAGGAAAGUGCCAACCACUCGCAGGCGGUCCAGCGUGCGCUCAAUGCGGAGAUGCGGGCCGAGGACCUGCAGCACCGGAUCGUAAGCGAGCAGCAGGAGCGGAUCCGGCUCGAGCGGCUCGUCACCGAGGGCAGCAUCCCGGACGACCAGAAGGUGGCGGGCCUGCAGGGUGCGAACUGCAACGGGCAGGCCACGUCACCGCCGCCUCCGCCGCCGCCCGCCUGCAAGCUGCCGCCGCCGCCGCCACCGCCCAUGAUGAUGCCGGCCGCACCGCCGCCACCGCCCGCUCCGGGCGGUCUGCCGAAGGUGGCGCCGGCCGGCGGGCCCCAGGCACCGGCCGCUCCGAAGGCACCCGAAGCGCCCAAGAAGAACGUACCGCAGCCGGCCAACCCGCUCAAGAGCUUCAACUGGUCCAAGCUGCCCGACAGCAAGCUGCAGGGCACGGUGUGGAGCGAGCUGGACGACACCAAGUGGUACAACAGCAUCGAGCUCGAGUCGAUCGAUAAACUGUUCUCCGCCUACCAAAAGAACGGUGUUACGAAUGAUGGUUCGAUCGAGGAUCUUCGAUUGAUCGGGAAGAAUAAGGCUAAGAUUUUGUCGGUAAUUGAUGGACGACGGGCGCAGAACUGUACCAUCCUCCUCAGCAAGCUCAAGAUGACUGACGAGGAGAUCUCCAAGGCAAUCUUGUCGAUGGACUCCAACGAGCAGCUACCAAUCGAUAUGGUAGAGCAACUCCUGAAGUUCACUCCAUCGGCCGAGGAGCGUGCCCUGCUGGACGAGCAUUCCGAGGAUAUCGAUUCCCUUGCACGUGCGGACCGGUUUCUCUACGAAAUCUCAAAGAUACCUCACUACGAGCAGCGGUUGCGCAGCCUACACUACAAGAAGCGGUUCCAGGUGACCGUGAACGAUCUCGCCCCAAGGAUCGCCAGCGUAAUGGAGGCCUCCCGCGAGGUCGCCCGCUCCCGCAAGCUUCGCAAGCUGCUCGAGCUCGUCCUGGCGCUCGGCAACUACAUGAACCGUGGUGCCCGGGGCAAUGCGUCCGGCUUCCGGCUGGCCUCGCUGAACCGGCUAGCGGACACCAAGUCCAGUGCGGCCAAGGGUACCACCCUGCUCCACUAUCUGGUGCAGAUCAUCGAGAAGAAGUUCAAGGACAUCCUGACGCUGGAGGAGGAUCUGCCGCACGUGAAGGAAGCGUCCAAGGUGUCGCUCGGCGAGAUGGACAAGGACAUUACGAUGCUGCGGGCCGGGCUGGCCGAGGUGAACCGCGAGAUCGAGUUCCACCGUAGCAGCGGUGCGUCCCAGCCGGGCGACCGGUUCCUGCCGGUGAUGCGCGAAUUCCACGCCCAGGCCUCGGUACGGUUCGCCGAGCUGGAGGACCAGUUCCAGGACAUGAAGACGAGGUUCGAUCGUGCCGUUCGGCUCUUUGGUGAGGAUGGUUCCGUCGUGCAGCCGGAAGAGUUCUUCGGCAUCUUUGACGGCUUCCUGUCCGCGCUGAUGGAAGCGAAGCAGGACAAUGAGAACUUCCGGCGGCGCCAGGAGGAGGAGGAAAAGCGUGCCAAGCAGGAGGCCGAGCUAAAGAAGCGCACGAUCGAGCGAAAGUCCAAGGAGGGCCUGCUCAACUCGGUCGCCGGCAAGCUGGGCCUGAAGUCGAAGCACUCGAACGGCACGAACGGUGGGCCCGUCCCCGGGGCCGAUCCCAACAACAAGGGUGAGUUCGACGACCUCAUAUCGGCACUCCGGACGGGUGACGUGUUCGGGGAGGAUAUGGCCAAAUUUAAGCGCUCGCGCAAAACGCGCCUCGGACCGAACGGGACCAACAAUACGUCGCCACCGCGCAGCCGGAACAGCAUCGGGCGGGAGGACAGCCGCGAGCGUACCGGUGUGGCCAACAACCGGCGACAGUAGACAUGAUAAGAAUGACUCCCCGCCCCCUCCUUUCCCUUCCCAUUCCGGCAACAACGCAAUCCUUCCGGUAGCUGAUGGAAAAGCAACGGCCAACCGGAAUGGCCAGUAGAUAAAUCAAUCCCGUUUACCGGUACCCAACACGAAUGGUACACACACUUUAAGGAAUGUUUGUCACUUGGUUGUAUGUGGUUUCGUUGGUUCGCCAAUUAAGCAGAGGGCCAAAUUACACCGUGUACAGGGGUUCUCCUUAAUCUCCCUUAAACCUACUUCUUUUGUGUCGUUUUGUGUAUUUUCCACAUUUUGUACAGUUGCUUUGUGUAGUUAGUUUUAAGUUUGAGCUGCUUGAUCGCUCGACACACACAACACACACGACGAUCGUCAAAAGGAAUCGAUAUAUCGAGCACAACCUGCAAGGUCUUCCUGUACGUCCCACCCGCUAGAAGCUCCCGCUUUCUGUCCCAGUCAAUGACACCAUUUGCCCCAACGCCUCUCCCCAAACGCCCCAAAUUAAUUUAUUUUAAUCCCUUUGCAUCCACCAUCUCUACUGAUUUUCUUGCUAUGAACGCGUGUCGGGGGGUUUUUCCUUUAGGCCCAAAGCUGCUGUAAAGGAAGUAUAGAAUGUGCACAGGCUUUGAGGAUGGGACACUUUAGCGAUUAAUGUAAACGAAAAAAUUUACAACCACUGUAAAGUCUGCAAAAGAUACGUUUUUGGAUAGAGAGAAAGAGAGAGAGAGAGAGUAUGUGUAUGCACAAAACCAACCAACUACUCAUUUGUACGGACAUUUUUUGAAUCAAUACUCUAUUGAGGGGAAGAAAAGUGAACAUUAAAACAAGUUACAGAACACCUAAAAUUGUCACUUUUGGACGUAACUUUACCCACAUCCCACAAAACAAAUGUUUAGAUGUUUCCAGAUUUGGUGAAGCAAAGCUUUUCAGUUUGGAUAGAAGGAAAAGGUAGUGUGAGCAUAAAGCAAAAAUUUACAACGAUCGUGUUUAAAAAAAUAGAGUGAAACUGCAAACUUUUUGGGUUAUUUUUGUAUUUGAUCAACUAUUGAAUCCAACAACUUCCAGCGUUCCUUAAUCCAUACAACUUGCAAACUUUUCUUCAAAGGAUUUCCCAAACAUCAAUAGCAAUGUUGUACAACUUAUUAGAAUAGUUCUAAACCUCCUUUUUUACAAAGCAUUAACACAGAUGUUUGAUCAUUUUUAACAUAAACAGCAGGCAAUUUUUAAUUAUUUUAAAAAUCUAGCUUUUUUUUGGAAAACUUCAAUACGCGGGUUUUUUACGUUUUUCAGUAGGAUUAAAUCCAAUCAACAAGCCCCUCCUAAGUUAAUUAUAGAAAAAUAUGCCCAAAGCAAUUGUUUACAAAAAAUGGUAAAAAAAAACUCUGGAAAGCAGUAAACAUAUUUUAAGCAACAGUAAAACGAGCAGUUCAAAAAUGAAAAGAAACCAAUUGGGGGCAAAGGGUCGUUUUCGGUACGGGGUACCGAUUGCUCGUAACGUACACUCGUUCGUACGUACACUCGUUUCGUGGAGAGACGUAAAUAGUGCAUUGCUCUUUUUAGCACAUGUAGGAAGGUUUUAUGAAAAUGUAGGAGUAGAAAAGUGAAGAAAAAAAAGUAAUCAAAUUCCAUCUAAAUACACACAUACAUACCACCCACAGUCAUCAUACAAGCACUAGUAGUAGAAUGUAGCUAAAUGCAAAUACAGUGAGGCAGACAUGUAUAAUCAUUUGAAUAUUAAGUAUCGGGAGCGAUGUUCGUAGGAUGAAGAGGAGAAGGAGCAAGCAAAGCGUAUAUAUGUAUGUAACUAGUGAUCGUUUUAGUGUGUGCGUGUGUGUUUCGUGCGUCGUAAUAACGUCCUUCAGGACGAUCGCCGACGAUGUUUGUUAGUAGUACGGGAGUUAGAAUCUAUUUUCAUUUUUUUUUCUUUCUGUUGCUCGAUCAAUCAAUCGAUCGGAGUGUUUCCUUUCCUAGCCUUUAGUCAGCGCUAGUAGAUAUAUAUUGUGCGUGCUUGCGGAUGGCGUUUAGAUAGACAACUGACCACCUAGCAUCCUGCCACCACGCUGGAUGCUUCUGGGUGGCUGUGAAUCGGUUCGGCACAAGCAUGAUCACCCAUUCAUUCACAUCAUUCACAUACUGUACAUACAUAUAAUCCCGAUUAGUUGUAGCGCAUAUUGAUGACCAGAAACUAGUUCGUUUUAGUAGCAAUGGCGGGUGGGUGUUAAACAUGGGGAGGGAAAAUUGACGAAACACAACCGAGAAACACGACCCAUUUUUGUUUCUCUCCAAAACUUUGGAGUAACACGCUUUCGAUGGCACGUUCAUAUUUUGUGUCCUUUUCGUAUAUGUGUGCGCACACACGCAACGUGCACAUAUUUGUGGUUUAGGUUGCUUCACCAUCCAGAAAAGGGCGACAAUGAUCUCCUCCUCCUCGGUGGAUAGCUUCGAACGUAAAGCGACAAACAUUUGUUAGCUGCGUGUGUGUGUGUGUGUGUGUUGGAUGAGGCGGAAAAGAAGAAGCAAGCGUGAUCAGCGAUCGUAUGAAGAUAGAACUUGAUGGUACGAUUACGAAAAUGUACGCAAACAACUAGGAAAGAUGCAGAAAAGGGGCGGAAAAUGUGUUCGAUGGAAAUCGCGCACAUGGAAAGUGAUGCUCUUGAGUUCGCUCCCUUUUCACGCACGCACACAUGCGGUUUGUGGUGUUAAUUUUUUUUUCUAGUGAUUGUGUGACAAUGAAUCGAUCGAUGUGCACGUGAAACACGUUUUGCUCGAGUACGAAAAACUUGUAUGAAAUAAAGAAAUCAAACUUAAAA